AAAGAUGUCGCAAAACUGUUGCCGCAUCUGCUUGGGGACUAAUCCGCGGCCAGAGUCCCUUCAAUCGCUCUUUACCACCCAUCAUGAGCGAUUUUUGGCGACACUUUUCACCGAACUGUGCGGGAUUGUGGUGGAAGUGAACGACGAUUUACCGAAAGUGGUGUGCACCGUGUGCGUGGAGAGCCUCGGAAAGGCACACGAACUGCGGCAGCGUUGCAUCGACUCCGAUAAGCUGCUCCGGCAGAUUGCACACGGUUCGGUAGCUAGGAAGCAGAAAGAAGCGGCUCCCGAGUACGUUCCGAGUCCGAAACAAACCGAGGACCGUGCGAACGACGAUGACGAGGCGAUGGAUGCCUUUUCGCAGAACAUGUACACGGUCGGUGCACACUCGAUGAUGCUGCUCGGGGGCAACGGUGGUGUUGACAGUGGCUCGAUGCCGGACUACAAUCCGGAAGCUACGAACCUCACCCAGGAGCAGCGGCUUCCGAAGGGGUUCGUCGAGUUGCUGAACUCUACAUCGGCGCGAUCGCGUGUCAGCGAGACAGCGCAAGGUUGCUGCGGGUGUGAGUUGUCCUUCCAAACGGAAGCCGCCCUACAGGAACACUCGCUUGUGGCGCACUACAGCGAACGCAUCGUUUGCGAUGCCCGGCCGUACGAGUGUCCCGUUUGCUACAAACGAUUCGUCGAUGGUCCGUCACUGGCGGUGCACGGGCUUUCUCGCACCCUUUGUCACCGGUGCCGCUAUUGCGAGAAGCGUUUCAACGAUCGGCGUCAGCUGCAGCUGCACGAAAAGUAUCACCGGCGGAAGUACGUGUCCGUUAGUGCAGAGCAGACGGCAAGCGAGUGUGGCAUUUGUGGACAAUCGUUUCGGUGCCGGGCGAGCUUGAAGGCACACAUCCGACGGCUUCACACAACGGAGCCGCACGCCGAGCAACUGAUCUACAAGUGUGGCCAGUGUGAGCGCAGGUUUGCGCGGCGGACGCAUCUACGAUCGCACGAAAUUUCACACUCCGAUGCGACACCGCACGGUUGUGGCGUGUGUGGGUUGAAGUUUAAGCGAAAGCAGCAUCUGGUGGCUCACCGGAAGAUUCAUGACGGCACCGAGCGGACCUACAAGUGCCGGCACUGUGGUGCCGGUUUCGUCCACCAAUCGACCCGGGCCUACCACGAGAUCAGCAAGCACACCGGGGCCUAUCCGUUUUCGUGCUGGGUCUGUGGGAAGCACUUUUUCCGCAAGCCUAUGUUUGACAAGCACAUGGCCCGACACGGUCAGGAAUGA